AUGAGCAAUAAAUUGUUGGCUGUGUUUCUAGUAGGUCGAUAUUUGAAUUCUAUUGUUCUUUCCGUGUACAACAAGUGGAUGUUCGAUCCUGUGAAUGGUAUAAGUGUUCCUUAUCCAAUUCUAAUCUCUUCGUUUCCUCAACUAAUGCUAUUUGUACUGUCAUAUACGUUUCAAGAUCAUCAUGCUAACAAAAAGAAUACCUCACAAGGGGAUCAUGACUGUAAUAAAAAAGAGAAACAAAAUAGUUCUAUUCAAUUGAAUAGUAAGACAAGAAAAUUCAUACUGCAUAUCGUUCCAAUUGCAAUCGCGACUGCUGGGGACGCUGGGUUCUCUAAUACAUCAUUGAAAUACAUUCCCUUGUCGAUAUUCACAAUAAUAAGAUCAGCAAAUGUUGUGUUUAUCUUACUCUUCAGCGUACUGUUCAACCUGGAACAGUUCCACAAACGUCUGGUAUCAAUAAUAGCUGGCAUAUUUGUUGGCAUUGUAAUCAUGAUGUCUGAUGUGAACACAACUUCUUCGCAGAUCACAUCGAGUGAUUUAGCCUUUGGUUCAAUUCUGGGAUUGGUCAGUAGUUGUCUGUCAGGGUUCAAGAUAGUGUACACGAAGAAGUCAUUUAUUGGUAAGAAGAGCAGUCACCACAAGAAAGUUCACGACCCGAUGGUACAGAUUAAUAAAAUAUCAUCUGUAGCAUUCAUAAUACUGCUUGCCACCUCAUUAAUCGUUGAAAAACCAUUUCCAAACUUCUUCAAUUCCGUUCUAUUCAAAAGUGAACCAUUGACAGGGAAUGUUACGCCAUUAUCCAUUGCUAAAGGAUUACUGUUCCUGAUGUUUCCCGGAGUCGAAAUCUUUGUGAUUACAUAUUGCGAAUUUGGAAUAUUGCAGAUCUCCAAACUGUUGACUUUAUCGAUCGCAGCCAUCGCAAAAGAGAUCAUUACAAUUGCCCUGGGAAUCAUGAUCUUCAAAGAGAAAUUCAACAGUUUAAGAAGUUUACUGGGAAUGUCCAUCAUCCUCAUGAUAGUGGUGUAUUACAAUUUCCAAAAACAUUCACGGAAACACCAGUCGAAGAGCUCAUGGAAAUCGCCACAGAAGAAGAGCUCCUUGUACCUCUUAAAGACCAACGAAUCACAAACAAAAAUGGUAAGCUCACAAGAGAAUGACGAAGGGUUGUCUUCAAGAAAUGUCGACAUUCAAAUGUCCUUUUGA